AUGAAUCCGAAAAGAUCAGAUAGUGUUAGCGGUCUUUCAUCCCCAAAUUUGGAUCAGAUAGAACCAGAAACAACUAAACGAAGCCGUUUCGAUUUUAGUCACGAUCCAAAAAUUCUGAAAUUGCAGAAGAGGAUUUUGAGUAGAAUGAAUAAUUCACUGUCAGUAAAUCAACCUAACGUGAAAUAUCCAUACGGCAUCAAUUCGGGUAGAUAUGUUGGACCUGGAAAGUGUUAUCGAAUCGUUAGAAAGAAUGCUGUAUAUCCAAGAUUAGGAUUUGAUACAGAUUUCAAAAGUGCCAGUGGACGACCACCCUUUAGAAAAGUAAUGCCUGUACUUACCGAUAACUUAAAUGCCAAUAGAGAAAUGGCACAACGAUAUUUGGGAGGAAGACGAAUUAUUCUGACAAAUCAGGAAUUAAUAAAUAAAAUACAUGCCAAAGGAAAUAGCAAUGAAUCACUGCAAAACAGACAAACUACGGUGAAUGGCGGGUGUGGAGUUACUAGUAAAAGAGAAGGAUGGAAAGCGGAUGAAUCACUGAAAAAUUUGGAUGACAAUAUAAUUAAUAUAAUUGAAGCUGAGUGGACCGACGUAUCUGGUUUGGAACCGGCGAAAAAGGCGCUCAAAGAAAUUAUCGUUCUUCCAUUUCUCAGACCUGACAUUUUCAAGGGCAUACGUGCACCACCCAAAGGUGUAUUACUUUUCGGACCACCUGGCACUGGCAAAACCAUGAUUGGACGAUGUGUUGCAUCACAAUGUAAAGCAACUUUUUUCAACAUAGCUGCGUCUUCCAUUACGUCAAAAUGGGUUGGUGAAGGUGAAAAACUUGUCCGGGCCCUUUUUGCAAUAGCACGGGUUUUGCAACCUUCCGUGGUUUUCAUCGACGAGAUUGAUUCUUUACUUACAAGUCGGAAUGAGAGUGAGCACGAGUCAUCAAGACGAAUAAAAACUGAAUUUCUUAUUCACUUGGAUGGUGUUGCAACCGUCUCCGAUGAAAGAAUUCUUAUUUUAGGAGCUACAAACAGACCCCAGGAAUUGGAUUCGGCUGUUAAACGACGUUUUGCGAAACGACUGUAUAUUGGCUUACCAUGUGAAUCUGCAAGAAUACAAAUGAUUCAAUCACUUCUCAGUGACCAGAAACACGAUCUUUCCGAUGACGAUGUACAAUGCAUAGCGAAAUUAACGAAUGGCUAUUCUGGUGCGGAUAUGAAGCAACUGUGUUCCGAGGCAGCGAUGGUUCCAGUUCGUAAUAUUGUAGAUUCAUCAUCACUCGAUAUUGCUUCAAUAAACGCUGACGAUAUUCGACCAAUAUCUUUUUCCGAUUUCGAAACAGCAAUGCGUUUCGUUCGUCCAACAGUUGUUGAAAAGGAUCUCGAAGGGUACCGAGCAUGGAACAAGCAGUAUGGGUCUUUUGUUCUGGAAUAA